GUUUCCAACCAAGUGGUUCUGGAGCGCGUACUCGGAUUCACAUCAGCCAAUAAUUGUGCCUUGUCGCUUGAUCAAGCGUCCGGAGCGAUAGCUUAUGCUGCUGGAUGUGUAAUCGUUCUGCGUACCUUGGACCCGGAUCGGCAACGAUUUAUCCAAAGCGCCAGCAAGAAAGCUAUCACCGCAGUGGACUUCAGUCCUGAUGGGAAGUUCAUUGCAACUGGUGAAUCAGGACAUCAUCCUAUGGUUCGCUUGUGGAAUGUGUCGGAUGGUUCACACCUGGCGGAAUUCGCCGGACACCAUUUUCGGGUCAUUGCCGUUCGGUUUAGCCCAUCCUCACGCUACCUGGUUAGUUUGGGUAGCCAAGAUGACAACACUGUGUAUGUAUGGGACCGAACGGGUGGACAACGAGUUGCCAGUGCUAAGGUCACCAACAAGAUCAAUGGAGUGGCGUUCAGUCCUAACGGACAGUUCUUUGUCACUGUUGGUGUUCGCCAUGUGCGUUUUUGGUAUUUGGAGAUCAAGCGAACCCGAGUAAGUACUUUUUC